AUGGAUGAAGAUCUUUUGCUGAAAGAGAUUUCAGGCCAUGAAUUAGCUGCUCGAUUAUCAGGAAUACUUCAAAUUGAAGAUUCGUUAGAAAAUUCCGAGUUUUCUGAUGAAUUUAUUUCCAAAAUUUACUCCCCAAUUUGCAAAUGUCUAAAAACCUCGCAUCAACAAGUUAAAAAUAGAAGCCUUCGGAUUAUACACAGAAUAUUAACCGAUUAUUUCCAAAAAAUCCAAUAUCAAUCGUUACCUCUUCAGACGUUAUUUUAUCAAUUUACACCAAAAAACGAAGAAAAUCUUCAAAUGAUCAAAGAUUGCAUAACUAUUAUUAUCAAUCAAGCUUAUCCUAAAGAAUGGAUCGAAAUUCUCGAAAAUACAUUACUUAAAUCUUUAAAUAGACCUCUCAAGAUUUUCCUUAUUGGCGUAAUUAGAGAAAUUCCAUUGUUAUUAUCUACAGAAAAGUAUUUGACCCUAUUAGAAGAUCCAUCUCUUGAUCUGGCUAUUGAAGCACAGAGCCUACUCAAAUUUUACUCUCCACAAGAAAUCCGAUACAUUGUUAGCAGAGUAUAUUACUCAAAUAAGAUGCCAAAGAAAAACAAGCAAGUUAUUUUGAAACUUUCGAAGGAGAUUUACGAAAAUGCUAAAUCAGGAAGCAUUCAAAAGUCACCAACAACUAAAAGACAUGAGAUUCCAAAAUAUAUCCAUGAGAUAUUGGCUCUUUUGUCACAAAGGAAAGAAAGAAUUUCAAUUGCUGAACUACAAAACAGGACACCUCGUAAAACCCCAACUAAACAGACUUCUGAAAAUUCCAAAUUUACUCCCAUCAAAUCUCCAAAUAACGAAAAUGAAAUUUUGAAUGAAUCUGGAAACAUAAGCGAAAAUGAAAAUUACAGCGAAAAUGACUUUAACUUUGAGGAUGAUAACCAAGAUAGUCUGAAUAGUUUGAUUGACACUUCAAGAUCAAAUAUUAAAACAAAUGAAGAUGAAUCAUUCGAUCCAGAAUUUCCAUCACCAUCAGACAAACAAUAUGUUGAUUCAAAUACUCAAUCUAAAUCCCAAAUUUCAAACAAAAACGAAAAUGAAAUUUCAUAUACUAGUUCAACUGCUCAAGAUGGAGAGAAAAUGCCAAUUCCUAGAUUUUUAUCAGGCCAGCUCAAUAGGACAAAAACAGAUUUUGAAACUGCGACAUCACAAUCGCAAUCACAAGCUCAAAACUCAGAAGAACGUUCUCGAGUUUCAAACGAGAAUGAAAAUUCCCACUUGUCACAAGGCAGCAGAGCUUCCCGGAAUGCUAGCAAUUCUCAAAUUGGCAAUUCCAAACAAAAUUCAAGAAAUCUCGAUUCACAACUCGCAGAUGAAGAUGAUCAGCUUAAUAAUAAUGAUAACAGAAGUUUUUCAAACAUGGAUUCUGAACUUUCCAAUGAAAAUUCUCAGAUUUCUAAUGAAAACUCUCAGUUAUCCAACAGGAAGUCACAAAGUCAACUUUCUAACAAGAGAUCACAAUUGUCUAAUCAAAUUUUGCAUCUUUCCAAUCAAGAUUCUCAAAUAGAAGAUCAAAAGUCCCGAAGCCAGCAUUCAAUCAAUCAGAGGAGAUCUUCACAGGCUAUUUCAGAUCAAUAUGGAGAUAAUUCUGAGGAAAAUUUCAAUAAAGACACAGUCUUUGGAAAUUCUGAAUUAAUUGAUCCAGAGUUAUUAGAAGAUAAUGGCUUUAAUGACGGAUUUGAAGAAAUGUAUCGUGCAGAAUAUAACAAAUAUGCAGAUCUUCCAUUCAAACUUCGUGAUUUAAGUAAUCGUCCUUGGAUUGAACGAUGUUCUUACUUAGAUAUCAUUCAAAAGCAUAUAGAUGAACAUGAACUAACAGAAGAUUAUGGUGUUGUUCUCGAAAGUUGCAUGAAAUGCGCUUAUCCAUUGCAUUUCAGAGUUACAAAAUCUCUUUCUCAUUUGACAUCAACAAUCAUGAUGUUCCAUCCUGAAGCGAUUAAAUCAAACAUUAGAGAGAUCCUUGUUUUCGCCACAUCUGGUGCAAUUCAAAAUAUUUCAAUUGAAAAUGAACUUAUUCAAACAAUUAUUGAGGAAAUCAAUAUUAAUGAUUUAUUGAAUGAAGCUGUUGAAAUAAUUGACGAAUAUCCUAAAGCAGGACAAUUCAUCAUCUCCAUUGUUUGCUUAUCUCUCGAGAAAUACAAAGAUGCUAAACUUGAUAAACAUUCAACAACGAGAUUCCUUUGUUAUGUUUUGUAUGAAUCUAAAGACAAAGAAUCAGAAAAUAGAGUUUAUGAAUUGAUUUCUAAAUCAAAUCAGGAUAUUUUCAGUUCAUUUGUCAGCCGCCAAACAUUUUCAAACAGAGCAAAACUGUCUAAAUAUGUUGUUAAGAAAGCUCCCACUCCAAAGAAACAAGUAACACCAACUAAAAAAUCAAAUUCUCUUUCUAUGUCAACUAACGAAGCCUCAAUUGCAAUGGAUACAAUCACAGUUGAACUUGGAAAGAAAGGAGAUUGCGAUUUAGACGAAUUAGAAAUGGCAUUUGAAAAAGUAGUAAUUUCUAAUUUCAGCCAUUUGACUAUGAUAUUCCAAAAGUUUUUAUCAUGUUUAUCAUUUAUGGAUUCCCAGAAAAUCGAUGAAAAUAGUGAAGCAAUCAGAGAUAUUUGCAAAGUUCAAUUCAAAGAUAAUCAGCUACUUAGAUUCUUGUCCUCAGACCCACCAAUUGAACUAAUUCGUGGACUUGCUUCCAUUGCAACUUUGAUGCCAAUUACAAUUUUUUCAAAUUCCUCAGUAUACCUUGAAGAAUUAUAUGACUAUUUUGUCGAAUCCAGUGGAUCAGAUAGAAGAGUUUUAUGCGUUUUAUUUACAGCGAUUUUGAAAUGCGACGGUGAUGAUAUUCGCGAGAAAGAUUAUGUAUCACAUCAACACAAGUAUGUUAUCAAUACUUUAAUGUCUAAACUGAUGUAA